AUGGGUGAUCGGAAGACGAAGAAAGCGAGGCUUGACGAGACCCUGGUGGCGGAAAAGGUGGCUGAGGAGCUGGAGACUCACACCCACAACCGCACCCCCGAGGAACUUGUCCACCACGAUGCCGGCGAGUUCAAGGGGAUGAAGCGCCACCACACCACCGCGGAACAGGCCCAGAAGUUGGAAACGGGCAAAAUCAACCCGUUCACGGGGAGAAACUACACUGAUAAGUACUUUGGCAUUUAUGAAGUGAGAAAGAACUUACCCGUGCACGCCCAGCGGCAGGAGUUCUUGGAUAUCUUCCACUCUACUCAGAUCAUGGUGUUUGUUGGUGAGACCGGUUCCGGUAAAACCACCCAGAUUCCUCAAUUUGUACUUUACGACGAGAUGCCUCAUUUGGAGGGGAAGCAAGUGGCGUGUACCCAGCCACGGAGAGUGGCGGCGAUGUCGGUGGCGGCGAGAGUAGCCGACGAAAUGGACGUCGAGUUAGGGGACGAAGUGGGGUACUCGGUGCGGUUUGAACACAAGCUGGGGCCCAAGACGGUGCUCAAAUAUAUGACCGAUGGUAUGUUGUUGCGGGAAGCGAUGGACGACCACGAAUUGCUGCGCUACUCGUGUAUAAUUCUUGAUGAAGCCCACGAGCGGACAUUGGCCACCGAUAUCUUGAUGGGGCUUGUGAAGCAAGUGGCUCAGCGUCGUCCCGAUUUGAAGAUCAUUGUCAUGUCGGCUACGUUAGAUGCUGAGAAAUUCCAGCUGUAUUUUGGUCUUAACGAUAAGCCGACUCCGUUGCUUGCCGUACCGGGGAGAACUCACCCGGUAGAAAUCUACUAUACUCCUGAGUUCCAGAGAGACUACCUUGACCUGGCCAUUCGUACUGUGCUCCAAAUCCACGCCACUGAAGAUGAAGGGGAUAUCCUUGUGUUCCUCACUGGUGAAGACGAAAUCGAAGAUGCCUGUCGUAAGAUCGACCUUGAAGCUAACCAAUUAGUGAGAGAACAAGGGUGUGGUCCUUUGAAGGUAUACCCGUUGUACGGGUCAUUGCCUCCCUACAUGCAGCAGAAGAUCUUUGAGCCUGCUCCCGAGCCGUAUAAGCCUGGUGGUCGUCCCGGCCGUAAGGUGAUUGUGUCCACUAAUAUUGCCGAAACCUCGUUGACCAUCGAUGGGGUGGUGUACGUGGUGGACCCUGGUUUCCUGAAACAGAAAGUAUACAACCCGCGGAUCCGGGUCGAGUCGUUGCUUGUCUCACCCAUCUCCAAGGCCAGUGCCCAACAAAGAGCUGGUAGAGCUGGUAGAACUCGUCCCGGUAAGUGUUUCCGGUUAUACACUGAAGAAGCGUUCAAUAAGGAGUUGAUCGACCAGCUGUACCCGGAAAUCUUGCGGCUGAACUUGUCGCUGACGGUGCUUGAACUUAAAAAACUUGGUAUCGAUGAUUUGGUCCACUUCGACUUUAUGGAUCCUCCCGCCCCCGAAACGAUGAUGCGGGCGCUUGAAGAAUUAAACUACUUACAAUGUCUUUCCGAUGAAGGUGACCUCACUGCUCUUGGUCGGUUAGCCCUGAAUUUCCCCUUGGACCCGAUGUUGGCGGUGAUGUUGAUUGGCUCGCCGGCGUUUGGUUGUUCCGAAGAAGUGUUGACGGUGGUGGCGGCUCUCUCAGUGCCCCAGUUCUUCGUACGGCCAGUGCUGGCCCGUAAGGCUGCCGACGAAGCCAAGAUGCGGUUUGCCCACCCUGACGGUGACCACUUGACGUUUAUCAACGUCUACUACGAGUUUGACCAGGGUGAAGCUCAGCAAGUGGGCCAACACCAAUGGUGUCGCGAUAACUUCUUAAACUACCGGUCGUUACAACUGGCACGCAAUGUACGCCAGCAAUUGCGCCGUCUUAUGGAACGGUACGACUUGGAGCUUAACCUGAUUCCCUUUGAUGACCCUAACUACUCGCUGAGCAUUCGCCAGGCGCUUGUAGCAGGGAUGUUUAUGCAAGUGGCCAAGAAGAAGCUGGGGCUGACUAAGCUGUACUUGACGGUCAAGGACAACCAAGAAGUGCUUAUCCACCCGCUGACUGUGUUGGACACUUCAAACAAACACACUGGCGAGUGGGUGCUUUACAAUGAAUUUGUGUUGACGCUGAAAAACUAUAUUCGUACGGUGACGCUGGUGGACCCCAAGUGGUUGGUCAAAUUGGCGCCGAAAUACUUUGAUUUGUCCCACUUUAGCAAGGGCGACGUCAAGUUGUCGUUGGCGCGGGUGUGGGACCGUUACCAAGACAAUUAA